UGUGCAGGUCUCUGCUUUCUACGCCGACACCCGGACACCUUUUCAGUAUGACAGGAUGCUGGCGCCAAGGACCAGCCAGUGCCAGGACUUCCUCUGCGGGACGCUGCAGUCUCCAAACAUGUCGCCCGUCACCCAGUCUCAGCCUGUGCAGAGCCGCAUCCCACCGGUGCUGUCCAGCAUCAUCCCCGUCCCCAGGCACAGGCUGGAUGAGGCAAUUGCAGCAGCCGCGCUCACUAGCUUGUCCUCGGGUCCCAUGAUGCUGGGAGCAGGUACAGGACGUUUUGGCGAGGCCUGUGCGGUGAGCUCCAUCCUCACGUAUAGCUCCAGCGCUUCCAACGGCUGCGACUAUUACACCUCCUUCGCUUCCAUGCCGUCUCCUCCUCAGCAUGCCCCCUUGUCUACCCAUUCUGACGCUGGCCUUGAGGAUUCCGACACCACCCACUUCCUGUUUGGGGACCCAACUCCCCGCAAGAGAAAGAAUUCCGGGCGUCUCAUGUUCCGCUGCCUGUGGAAGAAUUGUGGGAAAGUUCUCAGCACGUCUACGGCCAUCCAGAAGCACAUCCGGGCGGUGCACUUGGGCCGAUGCGGCGAGCAGGUCCACACCGAUGGCGAGGAGGACUUUUACUACACAGAGAUGGAUGUAAAUGUGGACACACUGACAGACGGACUGUCCAGCUUGACUCCCACCUCACCCACCACCACUGGCCCCCCACGCUUCCUCUGUCCAGGGUCCCUCGGAGCAGCUAACAGCACAGAGCUGCCCCUGAUCUCCCCACUUAGCCUAUCGGCACCUAGCACACUGUGCCACGUGCACACUGACCAUGCCUACCAGGCUCCCUCUCCCAUCAACGUUUCUGUGACAUCCAAGGUGAGCCUGUCCUGGCAGCCUCCGCCACUGCUCAUCAAGGCACCUCCAGUCCGCCCAACGCUGAGUAUGGUAGAUAGGAGGCCGCAGAUCCUGACCGCUUCUCCCAAUCCCAAGCCAAUGACCGGAACACGGAAGCCACGAGGGGAAGCCAAGAAAUGCCGCAAGGUGUACGGGAUGGAGCGCAAGGAGAUGUGGUGCACCGCCUGCCGCUGGAAGAAGGCCUGCCAAAGGUUCAUAGACUGACGCGUACAAUCACCUCAACCCGCCCCCAGGGGGGCGCACCCGAGCUGCCUCGGCUCUGUUCCCAGCAAGAAUUUGUUUCAGGACACUUGUGAUACAGCUGAUAUUUUUAUAAAUGGAUUGUAUUUUUGUUUUCUACGGUCUGGAGCUGCACACAGGAGACGGUCAUUGCUUGAGGAGCCCUCUUCAGGUAGCAGCAGAUUCCUGAGGUUCCUGCUACUGAACUGUUGGU